AAUUGUCAGGCAGGCUCAUUCCAGCCUUCUUCGAAGCUGCCAGAUUGUGAGCAAUCUACUGUUCGCGAAAGAAUCGUCCGUGUGACACGAAAGCGGUCCGGUCCAAGUUUUUUUUUAUCGCACCUAGUAUCCCCGUCUGCGUGCGCCGUGUGUCUUCGGGUGACGACCCCAGCAGUCGUCGCAGCCGCUAGCUUGUCAGCGAUUUAUUUGCAAACCGAUUGUGUCGCCUGCCGAGGGCAAAAUAAUGUUACCAGAGCGCGCAGAUGUGAUGUCGAGACGAGCGCGCGACCUCCUGUGGAAAGUGUCCGUUUUCGAGAGUCAGUGAGUGUGUUGUUCUGUUUGUUUUAUUGUGAGCUUGGUUAGCAAGGAAAGGAAUCACAUUCGGAGCGACGGUACGGGACAAGUGAAAUCGACCAUCACCGCGAUAACGCUGAAACAGCUUGCUGCGUAACUACGUAAACCAAUAGAUGAAAUACGCUCUGCGUUAGUGAAUAUUACGUUCAAAAGCCACAGACGACAAUGCAAUAGUGAAACGAGUAGAUUUCACACUAAGAAAAGAGUUUGAUUUGCCAAAAGAUGGAGUCGUAUCCGGCAACCACAAAGUAGGCUGUCGUGAGUUGCCGAAGAAAGUGUUGACCAGUGAGACGUUGGUGAGCGAUCCUAGCGAGAAGCAAACGUUCGUAAUUUCCGUAGCGUCGAAACGUAUCCCUCGUUCACGGAUAAAACCUACACAACCAACGGAUUAUUGAAUCUUGAUCGACUCCCAGGAGGGAGAGCUACCACAGGCAAGCCGGCGAAUUAUCUCGCCCCGCCCCGCCGCCCCCGGGAACCAUCUCUGUCGGGACCGAGAGCAAUAUAAACACGAUCACGACGGCGGCAUCCAGUGUUGUGCCAGCGGUGCCAGCGAGGAGCAAGGCCAAACCAGGUGCUUCCUGAAAAAUGCCUCCACCGCCGCCGCCUGGACCACCACCUCCUCCGGGGCCGCCACCACCGCCGGCCCUGAAGGUGGGAGGUGGCGGUGCACCGUCGGCCGACGGUCGGAACGCACUGCUCCUGUCGAUUCAAAAAGGUGCCAAACUCAAGAAGACGGUCACAGUCGAUAAAAGUGGCCCGCUCAUCCAGGGCAAGGUAACAUCCGAUGGAGGAGGAGGAGUCACAACCACCAACAGUGGGUCCAGAGCAAACAAUCGGGCCCCAGGGCGGCCACCCGGAGACGACACGACGCCGCCAGCGUUCGGCGGUGCGGCGGGCGCUCAGCAGCCCAAGCUUGGUGGUCUGUUCGAGGGUAUGGCAGCGAUGCCGAAACUGAAGCCAGUCGGUACCAGACCGGCGGUUACGACCGCAAACUCGAGCGGCGCGGCCGGACAGAACAAAACGCCAUCACCGGAAGCGACGAAGGGUUCACCGAUCAACAACGGUGGUGGCCGGGUCGGGAACGGUGGUACCGCUGGCGGUGGGAUGGUUGCGCUCGACUUUUCCGAUGAGCUUGCGCAGAAGUUAACGCUCAAGAAACAGAAACACCAGCAACCUACUGGUGGCACCAUCAAUAGUAAUAGCCCCGCAAUGAAUCCGCCUCCUGCCGUGCCGAACGAAACGAACCUACGGAUGAACCGGGGACCCCCACCGCAACCACCCACUUCGAUCCCAAGGGCCACCGGAGACAACCAGUCGACGUCCGGGAAACUCCAGUCAUCCUCCAGUCAGAAAAGUCAAGCACCGCCCACACCCAACCACCAGCCGCACGCGAAGCACCAACAACCGGCCGUUAGUGGUAAAGCAUCAACGAAUGGACCACCGAGACCACCGGUCGGCCCGGCUAUCACCACCGUCAUCGCCACUAGUCCCACACUCAACUCUGCCGGGCUGGUGCCCAACCGAUCGACACUAUUCGGCAACAACGUCGCCAACGGUAGCGUGCCGUCGGUGGCGGCGAUAGCGACAACCGUCGCGGUGACGGCGCCAGUACCGCCGAAACCGGUACCAAACUAUGGCAAACCAAAUCUAGCGCCCAAACCGCCGGGCAUGCAAUCGGGCGAUGCUGCGGCCAGGCCAACCGUGAGUCGACACCAGAGCAUGCGAAGUCCAAGGUCUCCUCCUGUGUCGCAAACGGUACCGGCGUUCCCUGCCAACCAUUUCGGAACCAUGCGUGGUCCGCCGUCAUCAUCGGCCAUGUUUCAAUCGUCGGAAUCCAUCGUGCGACCACCACGGGAGGGCCCCGGACGACCGUCAGCGCCACCGCCAAAACCACCGACAAUGAAACCUCCGCCACCACCACCGGUGCGCAGCGUCAGCAACACGAACCUAACGCACCUGCCCCCGACGCUCAGUUUGGCACCGACGCAAGACAACGGCACCAGUGAACCGGCCUCGUUCGGCUCGGUUAACAACGUGUCGUCGCUUGCGCUGGCCGACGAGCUACGUGCGAAACUAUCCGCCGGCGUUGGCCAAUCAUCGUCCAACAACCUGUCGGUGUCGAACGCAUCGUCAACCUCCAUCUCCACCGGCAACCUGAGUGUUGUGGGAGGUGGAGGAACUGGUAGCAGCGGUGGAUCACUGACGAAGGGAGCUAGUCUUAAGGCGACGGCUGCACCACCGUUGCCGCCGCACCGAACGUGUCCAGCGCCGCCACCGCCAGCACCGCCAGCUGCGGCAGCCGCAGUAUUGAACUCCGGUGACGCUCCCGUGCCACCACAGCGCAUAUCUUCGAUUCGCAAUUCCGCUGGAGGAGGUGCUGGUGUCAGCGUAGUGUCGUCGGCGGGUGCACCAAUCAGUAGUAGCAGUAGUCACAACCAGAGUCAUCAUAGUCAAACCCAUACCGGCGGCGGUGGUACCAGUUUGCACCGAAAGGAAUCAACGGCCGCGUCCAUGAGCAGCAGUUCGUCGUCCGUUGCCAGCACAAGCAAGAUGCCGGGGCCCGAGAUCGACCUCGAGGGCAAGUACGCGUUCUACUUCCACAAGGUGACGGAGUUUCCGCAGCCGAUGAUGUUCCUCAACGUACCGAAAGUCUACCCGAGCGAAGUGCGGUUGCAGCAAACGGCCCUGCAACAACAGGCACAGCAGCAACAUCGCCAGCAGUAACCGCGCGAAAACGAGAAACAUCUCUGGCGCCUUGUGUCGUAUGCAAUAAUGGGCAGAUCAAUCGCGGAACAUGCUUUACCUAUUGAAGGAACACCGUCACCCGCAGGUAAUGACAGUAUUCAAAAGGAAGAUCGGGAAGAGGGGGCCUUCGUGCGGCUCGCGGAUGACGGAGUGCAGUGCAUAUUCACGAUAUUCAUCGUUCAAGCUCAAUUAUACAUCAAUCAGGCACCCAGGUGUGUUCGUGUGUGCGUUAAACGAAAAACGAGACACUGUCCCGCACAAUGGGGGCUGACACCGUCACCGAGGAACGCAAGUUUAAGACGAUCACACGGGACACAUAAUAUUAACCCAAACAAAAACCUAAAGUCACCAAACCAUAUCAACGGGGAGAACACAUGGAGGUGGUAGUAGUGGAACAAUAGUAAGAGCGGAACUAGGAAACACUGAAGAGCCGAACCCUUCUCUUGGGGGAUACCUUCGAUAAAAGCAAAGGAUACAAAGCAUUGAUUGAAGCCAACAUACGAAGACUAAUCGAGUUAAGUGGAAAGAAAUUAACAAAAAAUAUUGAUUCAAAGCAAUGAGCAAGCUAUAGUGAGAAACCUGUUUUUGAUAACCGAAUAGAGAGCGGUUACGAAACGGCGGUAGCGAAAAUCGGUAUAAAUGUGUUAUGUAAAUAGUCAAAACCAUUCGGAAACUGUUGAAUUUUAGUUUAUCAUUCGUUUCAAAAACACCGUAGAUGGCAGUUUUAAUUUCGCAGUUGUGAAUCGCUCGGAAAAAUGGAUGGAUUCAUCAAUGGUUUUUACCGGAUCCUUCGUUCGGACACUCGGAUCGUAUGCUCCCAUAAACUUAUACCUCCUUAUUUGUAAGAAGAAGAGAAACUUUACUUGGCCACUAAACCAUUCACGUUUUUGAGCGUGAAUCGGGCGAUCGGUAGAGAUCGAGUGGCAAGCGCGGGCAGGAUUGAUCGUUUGCGGGGGAAAGAUUGUGUGUCGUGUAAGUGUAAGUAAACAGAAGCCAAUUAACAUCAGUUUAUUAAUCGAACAAAAGUACGAGAGCAAUGACCGAUCGUGGGGAAUGUUAAAUGUUAACGAAUGUUGCGCUACCGAUCAAAACGCAUCAAAUAGAUAAUUCUACUUUCGAAGGGAACAAUCAUUGCAAUGAAGGACAAAUAAGAUAGAGAGCGCCGGGUGUGGGAGAGUUGAUAGACGUUUCUGAACGUUGCAUUUUAUCAUUCGAUUGCGCAUGGGUACACGCCUCGCAUUUCGGAAAGAGGAAGAGGACACACGCACGUAUGUAGUUAUGGCGCGCGCGGCGUUCAGUUCGUUCGUUUCUCUUUAUUAAUCCCAACUUGUUAUUUCUCUUCGUUGUACAUAUGGACUUAAACACUAUUUAAUCGUAGGCCGUGGUUACAGGCUCGCGGAGGAAGAGGAAUAGAGGACGGCCACAGUGGCUCUCGAGCAAGCGGCUGCUACAAGCUGCUGCAAACACAAUAACGAGAGAAAAAUAA